CGGUAAUGAGCAACAACACGACGAGCGACGAAACCACCAACGAAGAAGACGUCAACGGCUGCUGCACGCUCGGUCGUGUUUGAACUACACUAAUGGAAACGCACUUGAUUGGAAAGUAGUGGAAAUAUAGAAAUAUCACCAGCAGCGAAGGGUUGGAUCUGUACAUAGAGAGAAAUCAACUUUAAAACUCCUUCAUGGCUGCUCCAACACUUCAACAGCCCAGUUUCCUUCUGGCCAAUCUUAAAACUGAUUCAACCACCAAACCGCUCCUCCAACGAUGCCAAGAUCUGGUGAAGAUUAUCGAAGAGUAUCCCGCAAAGGAGCUGCACUUGAUCUUCCCCUGGCUGGUGGAAUGUGUGUUUGGCAGUCUGGACGGCAUCAUCGCUGGCUGGAACCUGCGGCUUCUUCAUCCACGGAACCAUGAGUACAACAUCGUAAUGGAGUUUCUGAACCCGAGUGGGCCGAUGAUGAAGCUCGUGUAUAAACUACAAGCAGAAGAGUAUAAAUAUGAAGUACCCGUCAAUUAUCUCCCGGGUCCUGUGAAGGCCUGCAUCCAGGAGGGAGUUCUCCCAGACUGCCCCCUUUUCCACAACAAGCUGCAGUUCCCCCUGUCUGGUCUGCUGUCGCUGAACCUUGCUCUCAAUCCUUUUGAAUUCUUCAUGUUCAACUUUGCCUACUGUCUCAUCACGCCAAAGAUCCACCCUCAGGGUUAUCAUGGGAGCUCCACUGACAGCGCCUACUUUGUGCUCGUGGACACCUACCUCAAAUACUUCCUCCCCAGUGAAGGAAAUGUUCCCCCAUCCCCGUUCUUGGACUCCAGAGGAUCAGUCACUGCACCUUCUCCAAGGUCCUCCAGUGUUUCUUUUGCUGGUUAUGGCGUCCACAGUCCCAGUCUCCUCAAGCAUCACAUAUUCCAUCAGCCGUCAGUCAACGCAGACCCCUCGGCCCAGGAGAUCUGGAGGUCUGAAACACUCUUACAGAUGUUUGUGGAGAUCUGGCUCCACCACUACUCCCUGGAAAUGUACCAGAAGCUGCAGUCUCCUCAAGUGAAGCUGGCGCUGCUGCAGUACCGCCUCAGUAUGUCCAGCAUGCCGUGCCAACCCCACGCCCCACCAGGCUCUGGGACCCUCCACACCUACCAAGUACUUUUACCUUUUCAUUCACCCCCGCCCCUCUGGGGCCUCCUGGAGGAACCCUUCAGCCCGACAGAGGAGCACGUGCUGGUGGUGCGUCUCCUGGUCAAACACCUGCACGCCUUCUCCAACAGCCUGAAGCCCGAGCAGCUGUCGUCCUCGCCCUCGGCCCACUCGCACACGCACACCAGCCCGCUGGAGGAGUUCAAGAGAGUGGUGGUGCAGCGGUUCGUACAGCAGAAACUCUACCUGUUCCUCCAGCACUGCUUCGGACACUGGCCUCUUGAUGCAUCUUUCAGAGCGGUGUUGGAGACGUGGCUGAGCUACAUCCAACCCUGGAGAUACACAGGAGAGAAGACGAAUCCUCAGGUGGACCAAUCCAGAACUGUGCCUGACAAAUGGGAGUCGUUUGUUCAGGAGAACCUGCUCAUGUACACGAAGCUCUUCCAGGUGUUUCUGAACAGAACGGUGAGGACGGACCUCGUUAACGCCAAAAACGCUCUGAUGGUCUUCAGGGUGGCCAAAGUGUUCGCUCAGCCCAACCUGGCCGAGAUGAUCCAGAAAGGAGAACAGCUGUUUCUGGAGCCAGAGCACGUCCUCCACCAUCGACAACCACGCGGCUACCUGACGCCGAGCCAAGGAGGUAGCUUCCUGUCGUCACGGCAACGAGUGAUGACAGAUGUGGUGUUCAGGGUGAAGAGCCAUGUGUAUGCGUUGGAGGGACAGGACUGCCAGUACAAGCAGAUGUUUGGCACCGAGCUCAGGGGAGCGGUCAUGAAGUUGAUACAAAUAAUUGCACAGGCCAGACAAACAGCCAAGAGGAUUUCAGAUCACUCCAACGAGAUGGCGGCCAACAACUCUUUCCUGUCCUGGUUCGGGAUGGGCCCUGCUGACCACAACAACACGUUCACCGGGGCCGAGCACGAGGAGAGCGGGGAAUGUCUGAAAAAGACCCACGAGUUCCUGGAAAGAGCUCUAGAGAACCUGUGUCAAAUCUUCAAGCUGAACCAGGGGCAGCUGUCUCAGCUCAUAUCCAACCUGAGCUCCUCACAAGACGACGGAAACUCCAAGCAGCUUCCAGACUGCAUCCAGGGAGAGAACGGACUCAUUCUGACCGACCUGGGCCGGAUGCAGAUCAUAAGUGGACUGCGCAGGUUCGACCUUCACUAUCAAGGAGACCCGGAGCUCCAGCCCAUUAGGAGCUACGAGAACGCCCUGCUGGUCAGGCUCUUCUACAAGAUCUCCUCUCUGGUGAAUGAGCGGUUCGGAGCACACAUGAACGCGCUCUGCUCCCGUCCAGACUUCCUGGGUCGGCUGGGUCGUCACUACUUGGCUGAACAGGAUUCGUCAGUGAAACUGAAGCACAGCCCGAUGUCCCGGCGGACGUUGGAGAGGAACAGACAGCCGAGGCUGAGUCUGCGGUCGCUGGCCAGCUACAGGACGAUCCUGCUGCUGCUGCUCUGCUACGUGGUGGGAGCGCUCCUGUCCUUUGGCCCCAUAUCCAGCACCCUGAUCAUCCUCACGGGGGGAUUCCUGUUCGGACUCUUUAUGACGCUGUUUGGAGACAAACUGAAAACGCACUAACUGAGCUGCAGGGUUCCUACAUGUCUGGAAAAAUACACAAAACCAAUUUCAUUCAUGCUGACUCAGUGCUUUUACUUUUUUAAGGCUUCAACUUUUUUUUUUUUUUUCUUGAUAAACUCGCAGAGGUCAUAUCCACUCUUACAAAACCUUUAAGUCGUGUCAUCAGAUGUCUUUUCUAAACCUUCCAAAUAUUUCAAGUAAUAUAAUCUUAAAAGGCCAAUAUACAACUCUGACACCUAGUGUUUAAAAUGGGUACUGCAGUCUAAAUUCUAAACAUCAUAGAGAGCUGCCUCCCCCCCCCUCUCUAGAGUCCAUGCUCACUCAGGUCACCAUGUGGUGGACUCUGAAGCUUCAGUGUUUAUCCAGCUCUGCAUGGGUCUGUAAACCUUUCUGUGUUCUAACCUCUCUCCAUUUUUCAAAAGCAUCUCCAAUAUUGAUCCUAGUUUGAGCACGUUUCUGCUCGUGGAGCUUAUUAGAAACAUGCAGAGGCUUUUUAGGUCGGGUACAAUCACUUCUAUCUGAACCACUUCUCUUGCCCGCUUCCAUCGCUGCAACACCUGUUGACCUGAUAACUGCUCUCAUAUCUGACAAACCGAGGGGCAUCCAAAACGGCUGUGUGAGGGGGGUCGCCUUAAAAGCGUCUACCUUCUCUGGUCCAAACAAAUCCAGAUCAUUCAGGAGCAGAAUCUAAAGUUAGGAGGAGGACAUACUGGCUGCUGCAUUGUUGUCAGAGAAGCCAGCACUUCAACAUGUUUCCUUAAUGAUCAGAUAGUAAGAUACCUUUAUCAUCUCACUCUCUACACAUCUUUAAACUGAAAGUUUACAGAAACCUAAAACAGUUGCCUAAAGAGUAUAUUUGACUUCCUGUGGAGAGAAAUCUUCAGCUCUUCCUCUGCUACAGUGAAGUCAGCGAUCAGAGCCCGAUCGGGUUUUAACAGGGUAAAAGUUUAUAUCUGUUAAUUUCAUACAAUUAAAGAUAUUCCAGACUUCUUAAAGGGACGGCAGCUUUUUAAACUGUGUGGGAACCCAGUUGUCAGUAUUUGUUCUUGUUCUUGCUUUGACUGCUUAACUGUAUAAAAUGUUGUCCCUCUAACUUUGUAAAUAAAUACAGAGUGUUAACGCUCUGUUAUUCAGGCUUUUUUAUUUUUCAAACAAGCACCUGAAAACUGGUGCAGGCCGAAGCAUUGAAAGUACUCGAUGGAAAAAAACGGACUAUUUUUCUCAGUAAAGACGGGAUGCGUUUGUCCGUUAGAGUCAAUAAACUGUUUGCACUCGA